UCUAACCUAUAAAUAUUAAAAUGUCAAUAUUUUCAAAAUAAACAAUUAAUACCUGUUUUUUUAACAAUUAUUUAAUUAGAAAAUAAUUGAGUAAACAUUUUUAUUGUGGAAAAUAAUAUUCCGGUGAAGUAGAAAUCAGUUAUAGUUGAAAAGCUUGACUUAAAAUUCAAAAAUAGAUGAAGAGAACAAUGCCAGCCUCACCAUAUGUGUCACGAAUUAAUCAAAUCGAUGCAACACAAUUGGAUCAUGAAAUCUAUGAAAUUUUUCGCACUCAAUCCAAACAAAUAACAAAAAACAUUCAACCGGGAAUAAUUGAUAAAUGGCAACCGGAAUUGGAUGUUUCUAUUAAAUUCUUAAUUUGGUAUUAUUCCCUGAGAAAAGGAGACGCAACAUUUGGACAACAAUUGUUAAAUUUAAAAUACGACCGAUUUAAUGAGAGAAAAGCAUUUUUUCAUUUUUUACUUGCAACUUUACCAAAAUACAUCCAAGAACGUAUCAUAGACUCGCAAUACAUUGUAAUAUCACAAAACAAUAAAUUAAAAAUUUAUUUUGAAUGGACAGCAAAUAUUAUUCGAAUAUUGGAAUUGAUGAAUUUAAUUUUAUUUUUACAUCGAGGAUCACAACCAAAUUUAAUUGAGCGAUUAUUAAGAAUUUCUAGUCAAUCGGCAAUUACAAAUAGAUUGAGAAACAUUGGAUAUUCUUAUAUGACGAGGGAAUUACUCUGGCAUGGUUUAAUAGAAUUAUUUACAAUUGGUUUGCCAAUGGUGAAUUUUUAUUAUAUUAAACAAAAAUUAAAUCAAUUAUGGUCAAGAAGAAAUGUCUCUGGAAAAAUUGUCAAUAUUCAACCGACAUUGAAUUUAUCGACAAAUUGUCCACAUUGUCAUCAGAGGCCAAUUUUACCAAGAUAUGCAGGCUGUCAACAUAUAUUUUGUUAUUAUUGUUUACAAGCAUAUUUCACUGCAACGGACACAUUUCCUUGUCCUGAGUGCGGGACGAAUUUAUAUUCGUCUAAUAUGCGUUCACUUUAAUUUAUUUAAAUGCAUUAAUUAUAAUAAUGCAAUAAUAAUUGUACUAUUUUUUGUUGUUUUUCUAAUUUUUAUUUUCCACUUUUAAAUUAUAAUGAAAUUUUCAAAUUUUAAGAAACGUUAUUUAAUUUUUAAAGAUGCAAAUAAUAUACAUAAAUUUUUUAUAAAUAAAAAUAAUUAUUUUUUUGAUAAAUCAGAAAAUAUUUUCUUUUAUUAAUUUAUUUCCAAAAAAAAAAAAAAACAAGUAACUAGGGAGAGGGAUUUUUUCAAAUAAGGAAAAAGGCAAAAAUAGUUAAAAACGAAAAUUUUCUAAUAGGGCGUGCAAAGACUUUUUAUUAAAAAGUAGCAAUACAAAAUUUUUUUUUUUUAAUUCUCUCAAUACAUCUUUGCUCAAGGCUUUCAAUAAUGAAUUUUUUUUAAAUUUAUUUUUCAAACAAACAAUAAUAAUAAAUCAAUUCAGAGUAGAUCUGCAGUUUAUCAAAAUAUUACAUUGUGUAUAAUAUAUCAUAUAAAAAUAUCAUGCUGCACUAUUAUAAAACGUAUACCGCUGCUUAGAUAUAACUAUUAUUUAUUAUAUAAUAUAUUACUAGUUGCACCUAGAUGGGCGGGUACGUCCCUUGAUUAGUAUCGUAUAUAUAUUAUAAUAUAAUCGGUAAUAGUACAAAAAAAAGGAAAAAAAAUUACACAAAAGUACAUUUAAAUUAGUGUAUCUCUCGACUCAUAAAAAUUUACAAUAUCCAUUCCUAUAAUCGUUAUUGCGUGGAAUGUUGGUUAUAAUACAAUUCUUCACAAUGUUGGCUUUCGGGGGCGCUUUACCUUAAAAUUUAUUUAUUCGUACAAUUGUUUUUUUUUUUUAGGGGGGAGAACUUAAUCGCUCGCAUUAGCUAUUUUCAAUGCAGAGACUAGACAACGCAAAUAGAAAAAAAAAUAUUGAAAAUAGAUUUAUGGAAUACUUGUUAUAAUUAAAUCAGCGAAUUUUAUUCAUAUUAUAAUUUCAAUUUUUUAUUUAUCGAUUUUCUGAAUAUUUUUUUUUAAAUUGAUUAUUUCCGCGACUGGGCAAAAUAAGAUUCGCUUUUUUAAAAACUAACGAUGCAAAAGAUAAUUAAGUAAUUAAUCAGGAAGCUCUAAUAGAAGCCUGUCCGGUCAGUCUGAUUAUGUUGCGUUCCUUUGAACGCAAUUUUUUUAUUAUCCAAACUCUCUUAAUUUAUCAAACCUUAUUACUUUUUGCGUUUCGUAUUACAUAAAUCAGUUUAUUUUUUUGUAUUUCAACUUCAUUUCCAUUACGUGAGUCGUUCUGUGAGCAAUUCCUCUCUAUUGAAUAAGAGUCGAUAAAAAUGAAACAAGAAUUUUUGUCGAUUUUUCGAUUCAACUUUCUAUUUUUUUUUUUAUUCAAAAUACUUUUUUUACAACAAAAAAAAAAAAAGGUGAAAUCGUAAAAACUUGACACAAUUUUUACGAUAUCGUGAAUCGUCGACUUUAAUAUUUAUUAUCUCGUCAUUUUUUCCACUUUAUCUCAACAAUCCCCCAUAGGAAAUGCAAGCAAUUUUGCUUUUAUAAAUAUAAAUGAAAAGUCUCUUUCUGGACGACAAAAAAAAAAAAAAAAAUUCCAGAUCGAAAAUGGACUUUUCAUCAUUUUUUUGUGGUUCCAUCGAUAUCGAAUCGAUAUAACAGUCAUUUAUGAGCAAUGCUUGGAACUAUUUUAUUUUCAUUUUUUAUGGCCGCGCACCGAGGGGCCGAUGCAUUUUUCUGAUAAAGAGAGAGGUAUGUCAUGUUAUUUGCCAGUCGCAAAAAAUGUCAUAGGGGUAAUAUUUAAAGAAAAAAAGAAUUUUUUAAAAAAAAACCCGUUUUUUUUCACCGAGUUUAAUCACUUUUUUUCCUAUAGCCCCGAUUGUUGCAAAAAUUAAUUUAAUUAAUCUCGCGAUAGCAGCCAAGUUCUUUAUUAACUAGCUCGAAUUUAUCACUUGCAUUUUCAUUGCAAAUUUUUAUUUUUCUUUAACAAAUAAAUCACUAACAUACGCUUAUUACUUUUUUUAUACGAUAUAAUAGGAACAUUAAGGACUUUCUUGAAUUCGAAACCCAUCUUAUAAGAUAUUUAAUUUGCAACCGUCUAAAGAAUACGAUAGUGGAUAUCUUUUUAUUUUCUCGCAUGCACAAAAAAAAGGGAGGGAUGAAAAAAAAAAUUUCGGGAAAAAAUCUCUGCGCAUCGAUUACAAAGCAGAUAAGAAAAACUAUUUCGAAAAUUUUUAUUUUUUGGAGGAGAAUUUUUUUUUUUUUAAGGAGUUAUUCUUGCUUUUUUAUUUAUUCGCUUUUGCAAUUUGAAUUUAUUAUCCACAAGAAAAAUCUAUAUAUAUUUUUUGUAUUUCUAGUGCUUUGCACUUUUAUGAAAAAAAGGUUGGAAAUAUUUUCACAAAAAAAAAAAAAAAUCUUGCGGAGAAUUGUGAAUUAAAAUUUUGCUAAAAAUAAUGAAAAAUUGAAGAUAUCGUAAUGGAAUCGAAUUUUUCUUUUUCGGCAAAAUUUUAAAUUCACAUCUCUGAGAAGAUUAUUUUUUUUUGUAUUACGUCCAAUUUUUAAAUGAACGAAUUAAUUUUUUUUUUAACACUUGACCUACUUAAUUAACAAAUCAUUACUGAACUAUAGCAACAAAGAUAACAUCAGUAGAGACUUAUACACAGGCACAUUUUUAAUUACUUAGCACGCGACUCGGCUUAUUUUUAUAUUUAACAAGAAAUAAUUUAUGCUUAAAACUUUAUAAGUUUAGUCAUCAAUUCUUAGCAAUAAAAUCGUUUGCUAGGCACUUGAAAGCUUUUACUAUUAAUGUAUCCCUUGAUUUUUUUUCUCUUAUAAAUCUCAGGCAAUUAACUGAUCAUAAAAUUUUUAAUUAAAAAAAAAAAUGCAAACUGAUAUUCUAAAAACAAAAUUCAAUAACGAAUAAAUUAUUGAAUAAGAGUUUUGUAGAAUAUAACAAACCAUUCGCAUUUUAUUUACGCUUAUGAAAAAAACGUGAUUUUUAAUUUUUCUCUUGAAAAUUGGGAAAAAUAAAAAAUCAAAAACGAUUUUUUCAUUUAAAUCGAAAUAUUAAAAAAAAAAAUGUGGAAAAAUAUUUUAUCGACAAAUAUUUUCUAUAUAUUUUUUAAAAAUAUUUUUCUUUCAAUAAUAUUUCGAAUUUAGAAAAUGAGCGAAAAAUUUUAAGAUCAGUGCCAUUAUUAUUAGUUUAAGCGUAUACAAGUGCCAGAAAAAAAAAGAAAAAAAAAGGUUUAAAACCAAAAUAAUUUAUAACGCACGAAAAGUUCUGCUCUCAAAAAAAAAAAAGAAA